AUGGUCGCGCACAAGUGCAGUAGCUCUACAUUGGACAUCGUGAUGAUCCUUGCCAGCGCUGGGGGCUCUUCCGGCUUGAACUCGUCGUACCCGUCGUGUUGGAACGCGAUCGCGGGGCGAACGACUACCGCCGUCCUGGCACGUGAUGCAUCGAAUCCGCUCGUGCCCGAGUACCUCGCGGAGCAGCUCGGCCCUGCGCGCUUCGAUGUCCAGCGUGCACGGCGCACCGCGGGUCGUCAGCCGGAUUCAGUCGUCCUGUCGCGCGACGAAGAGCAAGGGAUGCAUGUGCUACACGCUAGGCUCGAAUGUUCCGAAUUUAUCUUACGUGUUAUGCCGUCGCUGCCCUCGACCAAGAGCAACAGCAUGCGCUCUUUGGCGCGACGGUCAGACUUGAAAUGGGGCAAGUUGCCAGUCGUCCAGUCAAAUGUGAGUAGCAGGCUGCUUUUCCCCGUUGUGCUGUGUCCUUGGGGCAUGGCGAUCAUCAACGCUCGUUCCCCGCCACCGAGGCACGUGGGGCACGUGAAGCGCUCAAAGUCCAAGGAACACCACAGCGGCUCGGUCAGGUGCGUCUCGAUCCACAGCGCACGCGGUGUGCCGCCGGUGGUGAGUCCGACCCAGUCGUCUUGGCGUGAGACGACAAUCAGCAAGCCCGAUCCGUACUGCACCAAUGGAGGCGCUUUGCGGAACAAAACGCCCGUGCCCUAG